AUGGUUGGACCACAGGUCCCCUUUGAGAAAAUCCCUCGACUUGACACAACAAAUUCUUCUAUGGACAUCGAUCUCAUUGGGAUCGCCAAGAACAGCAAAGAAAGAUCAGCUGCGGUGGCUUUCAUGAGCUACAACACAAUGGAGAAUCUACUGAAGCCAGACUUCUUCAACACAUCAUCUGACACGGUUAAAACCAUGAUGUCCACUGUGAUCUCAGCUACUCUUCCCAAAACCACCAACACUGAGCUCACCAAACCAGUCAACUUCACUCUCAAACACAUCAGAGACUCUGAUCCCAGCGGUUCUCUGUCCUGUGUGUACUGGAAUAUCAGCGAGUGGAUUGUAGAUGGUUGUUCUGUUUUAAAGACCAACAGCAGCUACACUGUGUGUUCCUGUGUUCACCUCUCAACAUUUGCUCUCAUCAUGCAAACCAGCCGUCCAGCAGAGAGUGACUCACGGCUGGAUCUGUUGAAUUUGGUGUGUGUGAUCGUGGGGCUGGUGUUCUUCAGUUUGGCUCUGUUGACCUUUGCCCUUUGUCGGUGGAGUUCUGGAGUAAAUAAUGUGGCUCGAAUCAACAUCUGCAUCAGUCUUCUGCUGGCUCACCUUCUGUUCCUGCUCACACAGAGGUUCUUGAGCCUUAUACGGCCUCAGCAGGUGUUGUGUGCCAUGAUCUCGGGUCUUCUGCACUUCCUCUUUCUCUCCGGCUUUGUGUGGAUGUUCAUUGAAGCUGUGCUGCUCUUCAUCUGUGUGAAGAACCUAUCACAGAUCAGCUCCAAAGAUAGGGAGGUGCUUAGCAGUGGAUUCCUGUGUGUGAUUGGAUAUGUAUUCGCUCUGGUUGUGGUGUGUGUGUCUGUCGGUGUGGUUCCAGAAGGCUAUGGCAGUGAACACUGCUGGAUUAAAAUGGAUAAAGGCUUUAUCUGGAGUUUCCUGGGUCCUGUUUGUGUCAUACUAGUGUUAAACACAAUUCUCUUCAUCAAGAUCAUCAUCACUAUGAGGUCAACUCUCAUAAAUCUUAAUGCUGACGUUUCACAGAUGAAACAAACCAAGAUUAUAGUGUUUAAAACUCUGGCUCAGUUUGUUGUUCUUGGUUGCUCCUGGAUUCUGGGUUUCUUCACAAAAGACAGUAAGGUGCUGGAGAUCCUCUUCCUGAUCUUGAAUUCCCAGCAGGGAACCUUCGUCUUCCUCAUCUACUGUGUCCUCAAUAAUGAGGUCAGGCAGCAGUAUAGGAAGUUCUUCAGAAGUCUUUGCUGUGUCAAACAACACUGAACACUACAACAUCAAUGAUGGCGAUUUAAAGGAAAAUGAUAAAUGUAAAUGAUGGCAAAUUAAAAAGAA